UUUUUUUGAUAACGCUCUGGGCGUUGGAAAGCCUAUCGGCUUUGGGGCACGCUUCGCGUGAUGCUGGAAUGUUUGAAUUCCUGGAAGAAAUGUUUAGCUUUUCUCGAACUUUUUUUAAUGGGUUUUCAGUCGGGUCUUUGCUACACGAUGUCCUGUUUCACCGACCGCAGCGGCGACCGAAGCGAAGCAAACCGCGAGCCCAACUUGCCGCAGCCCAACUCACCGCAGCCCAACUUGCCGCAACGGACACACUUCCCCCGUUGA